AUGAAAGAUCUUGGUAUGACAAAGUUAUGCAUUGGACUACAAUUUGAGUAUCUGUGCAAUGGCACAUUUGUCCAUCAAUCAAACUACAUCCAGAAGAUGUUAGUACGUUUCAAUAUGGAUAAAGCACAUCCGUUUAGCGUACCUAUGGUUGUCCGAUUGCUAGAUCUACACAAGGAUCCUUAUCGCCCUCAAGAAGAAGGCAAAGAAGUACUUGGUCCAGAAGUACCGUACUUAAGCGCGAUCGGUGCCUUUAUGUAUCUCGCAAAUAACACAAGACCUGACAUUGCAAUUGCGGUUCAUGUACUAGCGAGAUACAGUUCGAAUCCAACACGUAGACACUGGAAUGGUGAAAAACAUAUAUUCCGAUAUAUUUGCGGGACACAAGACUUAGGUUUUUUCUAUCAGAAAGAUCAAAAGUACCAGCUUGUUGGGUAUGUUGAUGCCGGAUACCUAUCAGAUCCUCACAAAGCAAAAUUCUCAGACAGGUUAUGUUUUCACAUACGGUGGCACAACAAUUUCUUGGAAGUCGACUAA